CCUCGAAACUUUCUUGAGCUUUGAAAUUCUUGUUUUUCUAGUUUCCUUACUUUGAAUAAUCGAUUGGCACGCCUAACUCAACAAUUUAAUAUCAGUUUUAUUGAAGAAAAGUACUUAAAAAACCCUUUUGUAAUGUGAAUCCAAGUUUAUAAUCAGUGAAAAGUUUUCGCGAUGGUGCCUCAACAGCAAAGACGGAGACGCCGUAGAGCAGCUUUAUCACGGACCACGGAGCGACGGGUUAUAGUUGUAAGGGGUCCCGGUGGUUUCGGAUUUACCAUAGCGGGGCAGCGACCCUGUGUGGUGUCGGCUGUUGCUGCUGGCGGGCCAGCGGAAAGAGCCGGACUACGAGCUGGGGAUGCUUUACUAGCUGUUGACGGAGCGAGUGUAGCUAGAGCUCCACAUGCGUCUGUCGCUCGACUUGUCGCAGCAGCCCCUGGGCCGAUAGCACUGAGUGUGGCGCCGAGAGAAUCACCGCCUACAGAUACGGAAGACACAGAACCUGAAGAGCGAGCAAGAACAAGACGAAGAUACCCUCCUCCGCGCCGCAGACCGCAACCAGCCAUGCUACAUCAUCCAGGUUGCCAAGCGGCUCCGAGUACAUCGAGUGUCAACGAAAUUUUGCAGAAUCUGAGUCGCGCACAACUCACGCCAAGUCACAUCGCCAGACUCGAAUGUCGCGCUGUGGUUGGGUAUUUGGGAACGAUCGAGACACCACAGGCCUCCCCGAGUGCUGCUCCGGGUAACGUGCGCACCGCUGUACGUAAACUAAGACAAGAAAGACGCACAGCUGCUCCCGUAUUACUAUCCGUUCUUCCAAACGCUUUGCUCCUUCGACGACCGAACGGUCAAGUUCUUGCUCAAUAUCAAAGAGAGAGAAUCGUUUACGCGGGCUGCGGUUCAGAUGCCGAUAGGCGGUUUUUUGGACUCGUCACAGCAGCUGAGAUUACUGAUUUAGAGGCGGAAGCAUCGCACAGUUGCCACGUGUUCGCCGUCGAUCCCCGUAUGGCCGAACACGAGGCUCAUUGCGUAAGAGCGAGGGAAUUUCAAGUGUCCUGCACUAGGGAUCCGGUUGCAGAACGUUGUUUGGAAUUUCCUCCAUCUGCGGAGUAUGUUGUCGGUGUCAUACGAGGCAUGUACUCGCUGCCACCAGACGAUUGUGCUAGUCCUACGAUUCAGCAGAUAUCGAAGCUAGCCGUAAAAGGAGAUAGUCCAGCAUUGGGAAAUUUUUCGAGAUGCAAUCGGCCAGUGAUAAGAGGUCCACGAGAUCGAAGACCGAGAGACGAGGCACGAAUCGAACCCCCGGAGUUCGUAGCAAAUUCUCCACAGCCAAGCAAUCACAGCGAGGUGACAACAACAUCGAGCAAUAGCGACUCUGGUAUCGGCUUUCAUAACGACUGUCGUAACAUAGCGGAUAGGAUAUUAGUCGUCGAUUUCGCUGGACAACAACCGGCACCGAAUCGUUUCCGCCAGGAUAUGCCGCGAAGGCCUCUAGGCUUAGUUGGGUGUAGUAGCUUCGAAGCGGACGGUUCAUUUCUCUCGAAUACUACACCUGUUGUCGACGGAUUUGGUGGCCAAGGACGGCCUUUAAAUUUAGAUGAUGUAAUUCUGAACGCUAAUGAUCUUCCGCGUCAACUGAACAACAGGACUGACGAGGAUACGUACAACUACAACAAUGUGUACGGCAAUGUUCCAUCCAGUUCGAGGAGCUUCAAUGGAGCGGUGUACGAUCAGGUGUACACGGAGAACGAGGGUCAUUACGAAUUCAUUCCAUCACAUCUAGAAAUGGAUGAAAUAGAUCGCGUUGCGGAGACCUUUAAUUCGGUGGAAAUAUAUGAAGAACGGCAGCACCGAGUCGAUUACCAGUCGACUGAGUCGGUGGAGAACGUUACGGUUAUAUCCGGAACGAGUAAGGCGAGUGUCGAUUCUGUAUCUGUUUACUCGUCUCGGAGUCACGAGGACACACGACCGGCUCGGAAGAAACACUUGCAAGCGUCUCUGGAUGAUAUGCUAGUAUGCGGGCUCAGGGAUCCUCCCGCACCUAUAGAUAAAGACGACGGCAAGUUUCUUCACCCCGGAACUGUUAAAUGCAAGAUUCGAAAAUCGAAACCGCUGAACAUCCUCAGUAAAACCCGACACAUCCUCACGGGCAAGGCGGACAGACAGCGACAGCGGGAGCGGGAGCGGAAGUCGCUGAGUGCGAGCGCGGGGGACGUGUCGGGCGCGGGGGGCGCGGGGGACGCGGGCGCGCUGCCCGCCGCCGCCAGCGAGCCCGACCUCAGGGACGCGCAGAGUGAACAGUCGUCCCCGUUCAGACGUUGGACGACAGGCAGCGGUGCCGGCAGCUCGUACCGCCAUCACGACCAUCGCAUCUACAGCAAGCAGCAAAUGAGCGAAGGUUCAGCGUCGGUGCCAGCCAAUAACAACACGAGCUGCGGCGGCGUGGCGAGAUGGUCGCUCGGCCUCGAGCAACUGCUGGCCGACCCGCCCGGCGCGGCCGCGUUCGCGCACUUCCUCUCCAAAGAGUUCGCCGCUGAAAACAUUAGAUUCUGGUGGUCAUGUGAGCAGUACAGAUGCUGCGAGGAAGACGAGAAACGAAGUAAUCUCGCUGCAGAGAUUUGGCAGAGGCACCUCGCUGAGGGAGCCUCGGAGCCCGUAAACGUAGACGCUGCAGCCAGACGAGCAGCAGCGCUCAGGCUGCACCAGCAGCCGCCCCCACAGGACCUUUUCGCACAGGCCCAGAAGCAAAUCUUCAACGUGAUGAAGUUCGACAGCUACCCGCGCUUCCUGCGCUCGGGCGUGCACGCAGAGUGCGCACGCGCAGACCUGCGCGGCUUGCCGCCGCCGUACGCGGCGACAGACGCAACUAAGCUCAAGAAGUCGUCGUCGAACGCGUCGGAGCGGCGGCGCAGCGGCUCGCUGCUGCCGUGGAAGGCGCGCGCGUCCUCGCGCGAGCGCAGCGCCUCCAGCGCCGACCGCGAGCCCGCCGCGCCCGCCGCGCCCGCCGCGCCGCUCGCCACCGACGUUGUGAAGUCGAGCCAGACGGGCGACGGGCAGUGCUCGCUGUGCCGCGUCGUGCUGCCCGACGGCGCCACGUCCGUGGUGGGCGUGGACGACGCCGUGACCGUGCGGCGCCUCGUGGACCGGCUGCUGGCGCGCCGCAACCUGCCGUGCGGCGCCUACGACGUGCUGCUGCGCGAGGGCGCCGUGGACGGCGCCGCGCCCUCGUCCGCGCUGGGCGGGCGCGAGGCGCGCGUGGAGCGGCGCGUCGUGCUGCGCGUGGCGCUGGGUGCGCGCGCCGUGGCCGUGCGCUGCCGGCCCGCGCGCCGCCUGCGCCACGUGCUGCGCCCCGUGCUGCAGCGCUACGCCGCGCCGCCGCACGCGCCGCGCGCCGCGCUACUGGCCGGCGCGCCGCUGCACCCCGACACGCCCGUGCACGAGCUGGAUGGCGCUCGCAUCCGCAUCGUGGAGCUGUCGCCCGCCGCGCCCGAGCUGGCGCUGGCGUUGGACGCGCCCGACGACGACGCCGACUCGCUCAGCGACGUGGCGCUGCGCCUGCACGACGACGACGACGCGGCGGGCGGGCGCGGCUCCGUGUGCAGCGCCUCCAGCGCCGGCGAGGGCCGCGUGCGCGCCGCGCUGCGGGCCGGCGCCGCGCUGCACCACCACCCGCCCGAUUUUUUAGAGAAUCUCCGCGAAACUCAAAGACAGAGGCUCCAGCCGCGAACCCCCCCGCCCCUGCCGCCCAAGCCCGCGCAGCGCACCGCGCCCACCGUCGUCUGAACACGAGCCCACGCGUGGCACCACCUGUCGCCAUCGGACACGUUACACCGUGGGAAACGGACCAACGAGCCUCGCGAGUGGCUAUCUUACUACAGUCGAUCUAAAAGAGGCCAAAAGAAAUUGUACUUUAUAAGAAACACAUAAGUAUCAAUAUCGCAGGAAGCCACUCGAACCGCCCGCCACAAAUGAAGACGCUAAAAACGAAGCGGGCUCCCCGUCGAUAUCCAAACGUCAUACUUCCAAACGUGCUACGGAAAAAUACACUCUAUUCGUGUAAUCUCAAGCCUUAAUGUCACGUGUAACGAGGUAUCUGAGAAUAAAUGAAAGAGUAAUUUCAAUAAGACAAAGAAAUUAUCUAUAAAAUAUUUAAUUUUAAGUAUAUUAAAUGACAAAUGAUUUUGAUUGUAUAGUGUUACACUAGCUGUACUAUAAUAUACAUGAGACUUAUCCAAAUGAGCUGUUACACAGACAGACAUAUUUCAAAAUAAAUCUCUAUGGUUGUAUUAUCUAUGACCUUGAAUUCACUCGAAAGCAAAAUUGUGUAAAUAAAAAUUAAUUUAAGUUUAUAUUCUAGUUUUAAAGAUAUAUACAGUCUUCCUAACAAAUUUCUAUGUUUUUUUAAUAAAAACAAAUAUUUUAUCUACAAACAAUGUAAAACUAAAAUCUGUUACGAUAAUCUCAUAUUGUAAUAAAAGAAUUACCUCAAGUAAUAUAAUAUAUUAACUGUUCAAAAUCUCUAUUGUAAACAUUUCAAAUUAUGGGAAUAUCGCACUAAAAUUAUCCAUACUAGCAUAGCUUGGACAUUCGUCUGUUUUAUGGACAUUUAUUGCAGGAAAUGUGACUAAUUUUUGUGCAUUUUUUCUAAUAUUAUGAGUGUCAGGUACUUUAGGAGUGAUAGGUCGCGAGCGAAUAUCAUGAGGGCGCUGCCUGCUCUAUGAAGCUAUGAAAGGCCUUACCAUGGUUCACUUCAGUAUAAAAUAUUAAUAAUAAAUACCGAAAUAAACUAGAUUAAUAGAGAAUUAGAAAAAUAGUAAACACAUGCACCCUUCUCAUUCCAAUAGUAGCGACCUCUUUUUUUUGAGAGAAUCGCGGUUCUUUUUCCAGUACGUACAACUGUAUAGACCACACUGGUUUCAUUUUCGCCUACUGCUCUAAAUGUCCAUCUACAAUGAUACUGGCAUAAUAUUAGGCACAAUUGCGUAUGUAACAUGAAAAAAUAAACUAAUAUACCAAAUAGACCUAUGUAAAUCAUAUCAAAAAUCCGUACCUUAGAACUAUUCUCUAACAAAUAGAUUUUAACGCAUUUGUUAUAAUUAUAUUAAUAAUGGACCAUCUACUUUAAUUGUAUAAAGUUACAAUGUAAAUUUGUAAAUAUUAUGUAAAUAUGUGAACGAUCUUUAUUUAAAUUAAAGGUAUUCUCAAAUAAGUAUUUGCUUAAUGUAUUUUUAUAGAUGAUUUAUUAUGGGAGGAUCUUUGUAUGCUAUCGGUGUAGUCUAGCACCACUAGGCUUAGAGGCAACUUUAGUGAUUUGUAUAUUAUAAAAAGAUGAUUAUUUGUAACGUUUGAUUUUGAAUUUAAAUUAAUUUAUUGUAAUAUAUAGUGUGACAACAUUGAAGCUCAGAUUUAUUGAU